AUGGCUAGCAAUAUUGCUUCUCUAGCAAACCAUAGCCAAAAUUGCACCAAAGAUCAAGAUGUUCUAAUAGUUAUGGUACCCUUUCCAGCUCAAGGACAUCUCAAUCAACUCCUCCAUCUCUCUCGUCUCGUAUCAUCGUACCAUUUACCGGUCCAUUAUGUCAGUUUUAGUACUUCUAUUCGACAGGCUAAAUUUCGCGUCCAUGGUUGGGAUCCUAUCACCAAUACCACUCCUAACAUCCAUUUCAAAGAAUUUCCAAUACCUUCAACUCAUGUUCAAUCUCCUAAUUGUUCUAAUAUGUCAAAAUUCAUAGCAUCAACACUUGAUUUAUCUUUAACCUUAAGAGAGCCAAUAAGUGCAUUUCUAAAUGAACUCUCUAGCACAACUAGGAGAAUGGUAAUUAUUUAUGAUAGCUUAAUGGCUUGGGUAGUUCAAGAUGUAGUUUCUAUACCAAAUGUUGAGGCCUAUUGUUUUCGCGCUGUUUCUGCUUUUACUACAAGCUCUAUUCUAUGGGAAGGUAUAGAGAAAUUUUUCCAUCUCCCUAAAUUUCUAGGGAAAUUUAUUGCUACCAAACUUCUUAAAAUUCCACAACAACUUCCAUCACUUGAGAGUAGUUUCACACAAGAGUUAUUGCAUUUUAUUUUUAUGCAAGAUAGACAUCAUAAUAUUUGUUCUGGAAAUCUAUUUGAUACAUGCAAAGUUAUUGAGGGGUCAUUUCUUGAAAGUCUAGAAAAAUUACAUAGGUUGUUAAGAAGAGGCAACCAAUGGGCUAUUGGUCCAUUUAAUCCAAUCAAAAUACAAAAAGACUCAAAAAAUUGUCACAAAUGUUUGAAAUGGCUUGACAAACAAGAACCAAACUCAGUAAUAUUAGUUUCAUUUGGAACAACAAGUUCAUUAUCUAGUGAACAAAUCAAAGAGCUAGCAAUUGGAUUAGAAAAAAGUAACCAAAAGUUCAUUUGGGUAGUGAGAGAUGUGUUGUUAGGAGAAGGUGAAGAAGUUAAUAUCCCAAAUGGAUAUGAAGAAAGAAUAGAAGGAAGAGGGAUUGUUAUAAAAGAUUGGGCACCACAAUUUGAAAUCUUGGCACAUUCAUCAACUGGCGGUUUUCUGAGUCAUUGCGGAUGGAAUUCUUGUAUGGAGAGUAUUACUAUGGGAGUACCUAUUGCUACAUGGCCAAUGAGUUUUGAUCAGCCAAGAAAUGCAGUGUUAGUGACAAAUGUGUUGAAAAUUGGCAUAGUUGUGAAAGAUUGGGAGCAUUGUGAAGAUUUGGUUACUUCAACAAAAAUUGAAAAUGCUGUUAGAAAAUUGAUGGCUUCACAAGGGGGAGAUGAAAUGAGGAAAAGAGCUAUGGAAUUUGGUAAAAAAGUUAGAGAAUCUAUGAUGGAUGGUGGUGUUUCUAGGAUGGAAAUGGAUUCUUUCAUUUCUUAUGUUACUAGACACUAG